AUGUCCCCGUCUCGCUUUACGAUGAGAAGCUUCGUGGGUGUGUGCUUUGGAGCGCUCUUGCUCGUAGCAAGGAGCGGUUUGGCUAUGCGCCACUACCACCGUUCGGCCGUGAUGUCACCUGAGGUGAUCGGCGACGUGUCUAAGACAUUGUUGGAAGCCAACGAGGUUGUUAAUGCAGACCUUGAGGCUAGCCGUAUCAACAAAGACAUGAAGGAUCAGUUGACGAACGUUAAGGAGAGUAUAGUAGAUGUAGUUUGCAGAAAGGAUGCCGGAAGCACCACCUGCCGUAAAAGCGUGUUUGAUUACGUCGACCGUUGCGAUGAGGGCGAUUGUCUGACGAUUGACAGCGUGGAUUACAAGCCAUUGAGUCUGCCAAAUCAAUACCAGUUGGACGCGGCAUUCAUGCUUUUCAGAGAAUGUGAUUCUAACCCCGCCAAGAAUGAAGUGAAGCGCUUCUGGAUGCGUUCAAGGAGCAGCCACGGCGACUACCACCAUUUCCUCAUUAGCUUGGCGAAGAAGAAUAUUAUUCGCAACCCUGAGAUCGAUGAUGUUGAGAACUUCGCAUCGCAGUACUUCUACAUGACUACUCUGUACUACAAGACCUACCUCAAUGUUGACCUUGGUAAAGCGAAGUUCUUCAACAAGCUUGCUUUCACGACUCAGCUGUUCGGUUUCGGUAUCAGGAAGGCGUUGAAGCGUCUGGUUAGAGAGAACCUUCCUGUGGACCUUGGAAUCCACCCUGAGGCUCGCAUUCGCCAGAUAUCUGGCGGCUACAGCGCAUACAUGUUGAAUCAGGUACCUGCUCUUCCAUCCUUCGCCGACCGUUUCUCCAAGAUGGCUACUGAGACCCUUUUGAGGACCGUCAGCGAUUACGUUCACAUGCCUGCAUACAAGAAAUGGUACAACAAGUUCAAGGAGUUCAUAUUGGGUUUGUUCAACCAGUCGUCCAACGCCGUGGUGAAGCAUGUGGCGCAGCCCAUUAGGGGCGUGUACAGAAAGGUUGUCCCCGAAGCCAAGGGUGAGGCUAUCAGGUCCGCUAUAGGUCACGGAGUUAAGCAGGUUGCUAAGGGCAUAAAUAGUUUGACAGCUAAAAUCAAGGAGCCGAGUGAGCAGCUGUUACGUGAGAAGAUUCCUCAUUAUCUUUCGAAGGCUAAGGGUGCUGUUGAGCACGUUGUUCACAAGGUCAAGUCCAAGUACGCUAUAAAGAAUGGUGAUGAAUCAUCGGACGAAUCAGGAUACGAAACUGCUGAGGAAUCGUCUGACGAGUCAUCGGACGAAUCAGGAUACGAAUCCGCUGAGGAAUCAUUGAGCGAAUCAGCGGAAGAAACUCGUGUUCCUGGCGAUUAUGUUGAACAAGAUUGGAAAGAACCCAACCUACACAAACAGCACAACUGGGUUGAUGGUGCCGGUUACGAGGUUACUGAUGGCGUAAAGAGUGACGACUCCACCGAUGCUACUGAAGCGUAG